AACUAGAAGGCCUCGCAGUUUGUGGGCCGCGGCUCUGCCUCUCUGGCGCCUCCUCAGCCUGGCGAAGCUACACGAGGCGGCGGGAGCGAACGAGGGAAGCCAGGCCUCCCAGAGGCGGCGGCGGCGGCGGCGGCGUCAGGCGAUGGCCGGGGGAGAAGAGGGACGCAACGGGGCCCCCGAAGUCUCUCCGCCCGAAGCGUCGUCGUCCAGCGAAGCCGACCACCAGGCCGGCGGUUCCCGACGCCCGCUGCCGCCGCCGCCUCCUCGGCGGUCCCGCCUGGGCCUGGUCUUAGCCGUGCUGGCGGCCCUACUGGCCGCGAAAUACUAUCGGGACUCGGAGGUGGCCCGGCGGCAGGAGACAGCACUGAAAUCUUUGGGAAAUGAAGGUCUUUUUCUGUUCUCAUCUUUGGAUACUAACAAUGACCUAUAUAUCAGUCCUGAGGAGUUCAAACCCAUUGCAGAGAAGCUAACCGGCAUUGCUCCAGUCCCUGGGAUUGAGGAAGAAGAGGUGCUGGAUCCCAAUGGGGAAACUCUUUCUAUCAUUGCAAAAUUCCAGCCUUUGCUAAUGGAAACAAUGACAAAGAGCAAGGACGGCUUCCUUGGAAUUUCUCACGUUGCCCUUUCUGGGCUUCGCAACUGGACGGCUCCAGCCUCCUCUCUGAGUGUGAUGUUUGCCCAUCAGUUCAAGGCCUUCCUUCCCCCAAAGCAUAAACUAGAACUUGCUGAUCCCUGGUGGGUGAUUCCCAGUGAACUAAACAUCUUCACUGGAUACCUUCCCAACAACCGCUUUUACCCUCCGGCUCCCAAGGGCAAAGAGGUCGUCAUUCACAAGCUCUUGAGUAUGUUCCAUCCCCGGCCUUUUGUGAAAACUCGGUUUGCCCCCCAAGGAGCCGUGGCCUGCAUCCAAGCUGUUGCUGAGUUCUACUAUAAGAUAGCCUUCAGGAUCCAUGCAGAGUUCCAGCUGAAUGAACCUCCGGAUUUCCCAUUCUGGUUUUCCCCAGCCCAGUUCACAGGUUUUGUUGUCCUCUCCAAGGACUCCUCCCACGUUCGAGAAUUCAAGCUAUUUGUUCCUAACAACAGGUCUCUCAAUGUAGACAUGGAAUGGCUAUAUGGUGCCCUGGAGAGCAGCAACAUGGAGGUAGAUAUUGGAUACUUACCUCAGAUGGAGCUGGAGUCUUUGGGACCUUCCAUCCCUUCUGUGAUUCAUGAUGAAAACGGGAAUGUGAUUGACAGCAGAGACCCAGAAGGAGAACCAAUUCAGUUUGUAUUUGAAGAGAUUACGUGGCAGCAAGAAAUUAGCUGGGAAGAGGCAGCUGGCAAACUGGAGGUUGCCAUGUAUCCGUUUAAGAAAGUUUCCUAUUUUCCCUUUACGGAAGCUUUUGAGAGAGCGAAAUCUGAGAGUAAACUGGUACACUCCAUACUGUUGUGGGGCGCCCUGGAUGAUCAGUCAUGCUGAGGUUCAGGGCGAACUCUCCGGGAAACAGUCCUGGAAAGUUCGCCCAUCCUCACUUUCCUAAAUGAAAGUUUCAUCAGUACCUGGUCAUUGGUGAAGGAGCUGGAGGAUUUACAGGCUAAGAGAGAGAAUGAGAUCAACAGCAAACUUGCAGACCUGCACCUUGAAAAAUAUAACUUUCCCGUGGAGAUAAUGAUCUGUCUGCCCAAUGGAACUGUGGUCCAUCACAUCAAUGCCAAUUUCUUCUUGGAUAUUACUUCUAUGAAGCCCGAAGAAGUCGAGAGCAGCAUCUUUAGUUUCUCUGCCAGUUUUGAAGAUCCCUCAACAGCAACCUACCUCCAGUUCCUGAAAGAAGGACUUCAGAGAGCCAAAGCAUUCCUGCAGGCUUAAAUGCAGAAUCAAAUCAAUGCCCUACUUAUUGAUCACCAAAGAUACAAGGGUUCUUGUUUCUGUCACUCCCGGAGCUCAGGCACGACCCAGUAUUGAAUGGUAAAAGUGCUGCACUUGAGUGAAAGAGUUCUAUACUAGCAAGUGUCCCUCGAAAAUGCAAAGCUAGUUAAUACCUGCAAUUACACAAAUUGUUUUCAGGAAUUAUUUUUGAAGGAACUGAGCUUGCAUUUCUCCUGCUUAUUGGCAAGUGGCAGCACACCUGUGAAGCAGAUAAUCAGGCAGCCAACACUAAAGACUAGGAACCGAGCGGCAGAAUGGUCUGAGAUGGGACCAUGGUUCCCAGGGUGUGGUGUGCGAAGUCAACAGGUUGCAUCUCACGUAAAGUCUGAAUUGGUGCUGCUCCCCUUAGUAACAAGUAUGGUCAUUUCUGGGUUGACCCAUCCAUGGGAUACCGUCUUUUUGCUUCAGCUCUGGUGUCUGAUCCCAUUCAUUGCCCUGAACUGCUCUUACAUAGCUAAGGCUUCACAUGUUAGAACUGCUGCGUUACAAAGCAUCAUGUAGCCUCAGAUGACUUAAGCAGACUGUGGGUAGGACCUUCCUUUGAGGCCUACAUGGGUGGUAUUGAGCAUAAGCAUAGGAAGUUGCCUUGUACCUUGCUCAGUAUUGUCUACAUUGACUAGCAGCGUCUCUCCAGGGUUUUAGACAAGGGGACAUUCACAACCCUACCUGGAGAUGCCAGGAAUUGGACCUGGGAACCUUCUUCAUGCAAAGCUCUAUCACUGAGCAGUGGUUCUUCCCCAAGGCAGGGCCUCUGUAUUUGCUACACUUUCACUGAUGGGUGCUAUUAUACAGAUGGCAUCUUUCACUGUAACAUUUUAGCAUUGUUACCUAAGGCCACUAAAGGCUCUGCAGAUGCUCUUUUUAUGUCUGGCUAUUGGGGGGAGGGGGAGAGGGGCAGUUUUGAUCCUGGGACUUCCAGAUGUUGAUUGUUCAGGCUCACCUUAGUCAAGAAAAUAUAUGUUCUUUUUUAAAGUACAUAACCAUAGUAGUAGAUUGCAUUCACAAUGAUCAUGCCACUGUCCAAAUUCAAAUGGUAUUUAAGGGUAGUUUUACAUGCAUAGCUGAUUUUGUUUUCCACCAGAGAGUUUGUUCCAAGUCAUAGUCACAUGGUCACCAUUCCCAUAACCUUGGAAUUUCUCUUAGCCUAUGGAAUGUCCUCCAAAUGAGGCUAUUUAGCCCAAGGGUGCUUUUUUCCCUUUGCCAUAUGACACCAUCCACAUUUAUCUUCCUGCCUGUUUUUCAAAUUGUUUGUAUUUGGCAACAGCAACAAAAUCAUACAAUAUGACACAAGAAUUAGAUCAAUGUUCAUUCAGCCACUUGCUCUGAUGUCUCCUGGCAGCGCUUCUGGAAUUUCCUGAACUCUCACCACCACCUCUUUUGAAGUUAUCCUUAACCUGUGGUCGUUCCUAACCCUUCACCAACUAUCUGUUCUGCAGUGGAACAUGUGAUGCUCAUGUGUAGUUGUGUGCAGGAUCUGUGGACUGGGCUACAGAUCCAACAUCUAGAAAAGGGAAAGAGCUGGAUGCUUCUCGUGCCCCUCCUAAAACAACACGUAGGGAACUAUAAUUAGACAACAUUCUUGUGCUUCCUUCCUUCCUGAGCCAGGUUGGGGCAAUGGGAUAAUAUCAUUCUGACAAAUUGGAGAAGGAACACCAUGCACAUGCUUUUCAUGCAGGUGGCAGGUUCAAAUUGAACUGUUCAAUGUCUGGUUUCUCCAGGAAAAAAAAGGAUUUUGGAUGAUAGGUGAUGAGAAAGACCUAUUCCUGAGACCCUUGAGACCUGCUGCCAGUCAGAGUAGACUGCACUGAGCAGGCUGGUCAAGUAGUGUAAACUGGUAUAAAGACAACUUCCUACGUAAUGUGGGUCAAUGAGGGUCAUCAAGUCUCGGUUAGAGUGAGGGGUUUCAGAAGGCUUCCUGUUCCAUUCUGGGAUCUCCUCCUUCCAUGGAAUGUUAUAGGAAGCCACCUCAUACUGGUCAGUCCAUUGGUUUGUCUAGGUCAGUAUUGUUUACACUGACUGGCAGCAGCUGUCCCAAGAUUUCAAACGGGACAUUCCCAGCCCUAUCUGGAAAUGCUGCAGAUUGAGCCUUGGUUCUUCUACAAGUAAAGCAGAUGCUCUAGCCCUGAGCUAUGGCCAUGCCCCCCUGUCUGAGAACUGCAGUCCAGACAAACAGUUCAGGAACACACCCCUUCCCACCUAUGGAGAGCAGCACAAGAGUGAUGAUAAACAGGCAGACAGAUAGAAAGCAGGGAUGAAAUAGCUGGACAAUAGCAGCUAUGCUGGAGAAAAGGAAAAUUAAUCCAGGCAGUAGCAGAUGCUUCACAUGUUCUUUUUUAUGGUUAUGUGCAAAAUGUUUUACACGUUCCUGUAAAAUGGUGAUACAUGCUUGUGGCAAGCAAAUGUUUUCCACCUGCAUGUAUCAUACAGGUAUGCAUGGCAAGGUGCUGAAAUUGGCAAUGACCUCCCUGCCACAUGAUGCAUGCAUGUAUUGUGACAUCCCCAUGUUUACCACCAAAUUUGUCAGUUUCUGGGGGAAGAGGAUGUUUUCUCUUGAAUCAACAAAAGAAAGAAACAUGUCCGUUUGUUUCAUUAACUGAUGUCCUGUGUUAAUCCCUUGCACUUCCCAUUUUUCCCAGUACAAAGAAGGCACUCUAAUAUAGGUAUGGGCAGAAGGUAGAUUGGGGUCUUCUGCUGUAUCUCAGGGUGAUUUGCAGUACAUCAGCAAAGGUUCCCGACACCCAUUUGUUGAACAAUAGCAACAGCUAAAUGAUAUUUAGGCUGCUGAAAUGAAGAAAACUAACCAGGAAUGGACUUUUAUGUGAAGGACUGAGACCUCAGUUCAGCUAUGAGGCUUAGAAAAGAAGUCCUCAUUUUGUGCAGUUUAUCCCACAAGCAAGGCAAAAAGUACUCUGUGCAUGCAAGCCCUCCUAAAGGCUGAAGGCAGAUCUUCCAGAUUUAUAUUAAUGUAAGAUAAUGAUUUUCAAACUGAUCUUUAAGGCAGAUCCAUGCCACACAUGUAGAGCACAUCCAACAUGCAUUUAAAUCACAUGACUUCCCCCAAAGAAUUCUGGGAACAGUGGUUUCCCCCUCAAAAAGCUACAGAUUUCCAGCAACCUUAACAAACUACAGUUUCCAUGAUUCUUUGGGGGACUUCAUGUGCUUUAAAUGUGCAUUGUAUGUACUUUUAAUGUAUGGUGUGGAAAAAUCCAUGGAAGUUUAUCUAGGGUUCCUCAGUUUGAAAAUCAGUAAUAGUGGGGAAGCAGUCUUGAGAGACAGGAUAGUAGUGCCCAAGCUAUCUUCCUGAGCAGUUCACAGACACACAGGCUGAGUGUAGGCUAGGCCACAGUUCAGGCAGGGACUGUGGUGAGGCCCAACAGACUUAAUAUUUCCUUGCAUGAACUGGGUGUGCCCUAGAACAGGGGAGAUUGGUGGCUCCAAUGUCAGUGGGACAGUGAAUCCUCUCCAGGUUUUAGUCCAAACUUUCAAGGAGCUGUCCAAGGUGCUGAAGCAUAAAUAGGUUCGGCACUGUGGACAGCUCCUUGAAAAUUCGGACAGAAACCCAGAGCAGGUUCACUCCCCUACUAAAAUUGGACCCCCCAGUCUCUACUGCCUUAGAACACUUCCCAGCCUCCUCAACAAUGGGGCAGGGGAAGAGGUACAGGCAGAUGUGCAGGGGUAACUCGGAGAUCAGUUGCUGUGAGAAGGGCUCCCUGAAGCUAGAAGAUUUGAAAAGCACUGAUGUAAACGUACUGAUGUACUGUAAAAUCAGUACAAGUAUUUACUUGUACUGAUACAGACAAGUAAAUAGCCUAAGGUAGGGGGGAGAGCGAGCGAGAUAUAAAUCUGGAAAUGGAAACCCAUCACUUGGAGUAGGGAAUUGCAGUUUAGAGAAAGCAGUCUUUGGUCAAGAUUGUGUGAAGUUGCCAUAGUUCUCCUUCACCCGUGAAACACUUAUUGUUUCUCAUAUUUUUUGGCUGCAGCAAGAUUGGAACAUGUUGAUAUUUCCCAGCAGUAUUUUUACAGCCGCUUGCAAAACCUGUAGUGUGUGUAAAAUCUUCCUUUAAAAGAAGCAUUGAGAUCAUUAUAUAUAGUUUUAAAGUCCUUGAUGUGAACUUGUAAAGUUAAAAUUUGUGCAGGGGGUUGGGCAAAGGGAGGACCUGCGAUGGGAAAGAGUUGCACUUUUCUGGCCUCUCUUUCAUUUUAAAAUAAAAUAUUUUCUUCUUCCCUCUUCUAAUUUUUUUCAGUUAUUAUUUCUGGCACUUGGAUUGUGGUGCUCUUUCAAGCUGGUAGAGCAAAGAGGCCACCAGUGAGAAACAAUCAAAAGCAGCCACUUGGCACAGCCAGAUAAGAGCCUGACAGUGUUUUCUGUUCCUGGAAGAGCAGCCUGUUUCAGAUUUCAUUUAAUGGGCCAGACUUUAAUAAUGGCUUUUUAGGCUUGCUCUUUUCUUCCGGUUUCCCUAUUUCACAUUCUAUUUCCCAUCAUUAAUUUUACAAAUAACUCUUGUGUGGGAGUUGUGUUUAUCAGUGACUGACAUGAUUGAAAUACAAAGCAGAAUUCAGUUCAGCAGGGUGGUCUUUUUUUUUUAUGGUGCUUGCAAGCAGUAUUCAUAUCCCUGAACAGUGUUAUUCUUGAAGUACCUUCUUCAGCUUUUCUUCAUGAUUGGAAAGUGAGCUAAUAGCUAAACAUCAGCAUUUCUUGUUUGAAAAGGCUGGGAUUUCCAACAGUUUAGAUGAUCUCUGAAUUCUCUGAGUAAGCCUCAUUGUUUGAUUAGAUAUCUGUAGGAUUGCUAUGUAAAUUAAUAGACUCAACUGCUUAGGCAUUUGAUCAGAAAAGUGUUUGGUGUUUUAAAUCUUGCACUACUCCUUUGAUUAGAUUACCAAGAUCUCUGAAAGCUAAAUAAAGAAUUCCUUGCAAAAGAAAACAAACUGAACAGGAAAGUGCUAAGAUUAGCAAAACUCCAAAGGAUGAAUUCUUCUGUUAGUUUUGUAGCAGAACUUCAGCGUGCAGUUGUGUGUGAGCGUUAGAUGUUUCUUGGCACCAAACUAGAUGUAAUGUUAAAACUCUUUUGCAGUUUUUUAAAAAAUGAAAACGGCAUCAGAUGAUUGGGCAGCAGUUGAUAAUUAUCAGGGCCACAGCAGGCACGAAGGUGGAUUUAACACAUUCCUCCUCUGCUGUGGUUCUGAGCAAAAUCAGUCUUCUGGAGCUAGUAUUUGUAUCCCAUUCAUUGAUUUCCCUUCCCCUUUGGCACUUAUAAUUUUUUUCUAUGGAACAAAUGGUAUAUGGGGGCAUUAUUUAUCGGGAAAAUGGCACAGUGAGAAAGGUUAACCCACCUCUCCUAGAGCCAUGGUUCUGAUCCAAUCCUGCUCCCUCUGGUAUUCAGUUUUAAAAAUGGAUUGUCUGCUGUCAGUUCUAAUUUAGACCUGAGUCAUUGCAGACAAUUCCCACUAUACAGCCUUCCCUUCCUUCUCUUCUCUCUUCAACCGAUCUCAUAAAUGUUGAAAUCCCCAAGACUGAAGGCAUAGGAACUUAUGUAGCAAAUUAGUGUAUCUGAUCGGUUGCUUAUAUCAAACUUUUCAGAAAUGAUUACUUAACCUGUUCAACCCAGUAGUUCCACAUAUCAUUCCUCUUCCUUGAUGUUUUUGUGUCUGUAGAACCCAGUUAAGGUAUAAAUAUACCAUAAAUGAGAUUUGCUGUUUCCCUUUAUGUUCUUACUCUUGCCAAGUAGCUUCCUAAGACCAGUAAAAUUUGUUCACAUCUUUCAAGAUGGCCCUGUUGGUCUCUCCUAUCCUUGCACACAAGUGAGCUAUGCAAGGAUAAUUCUUUCAGCUGGGUUUAGGUGUUCUGAUUUCAUAGAGAGCCAUGUCAUCACGGCUGGCUGGUUUGAUUCCACAUUCCAAAGUCUUUGGAGAAAGGACUAGUCCUCCUAUGCAGCCGCAUGAAGUAACCUGCUUCAGGUGUCAUCAAAAGCAAGAGGUAGAUGGAGGCAAGAAUUGGUGUCUGAAUGGUGUGGCAAGUCUUUUGUUGCUGACCCUAGCCAGAGGAGGAGGCUGUUUGGGCUACACUUCAGAGAGCAAAAUUUCCUAGUUUGGAUAAUAUUUUGCUCCGUUAAAACUGCAACAUUAUAAAGUAGGAAUCCUUAACAUUUUUGUUUUUUAAAACCAGGAACUAAUAAGUGGAGGUGUGAGAUCAUAAGAAUAGCUGUGCUAGAUCACACCAUCUAGUCCAGAAUCCUGUGGCCAGCCAGGUGUCUCCAAGAAGCUCAUAAGCAGAGUUUGAAUGCAACAACCCUCUCCCAUUGUCUGUCCCAGCUUCUCAUGUUGAAAUAAUCUAUGGCCAAACAUGGAGGUUCCUUUUGUGUGUGUGUGUGGCUGAUAGUUCCUGAUAGAUCUAUCCAUUCGAUUAAUUCACCUAACCCUUUUGUUAAGCAGGAAAGGGAAACCUGUGGCCCUCCAGAUGUUGUUGGACUCUAAUCCCCAUCAGCUGCAGCCAGCAUGGCCAGCAGUCAGGGAUGAUGGGAGAUGUAGUCCAAAAUACCUGAAAGGCACCAGGUUGGAGAAGGCUGAUCUAGAUAGAGGGCUACAGGUUCCCCAGAUCUGUGUUAAAGUAUGCUAUGUCUGAACCGGAGCUUGUCUUUGGACUAUUAUAGAUCUGUCUGUUGCUACCACCUCUCUUACAUGUUAUCAUUCAGUCCUAUGUAAUAGUGACCCUCAUAAUGUUCUGUGACAGUGGAGUCCAUUAACACACAGGAUAUUAAAGGAAUAGAAUACAUAUUAAAAUAAUGGAGCAUAAAAAUUAAAAUGAGCAAGUAAGGCCCCUGUUUUUAUUGAGCCAAUUUCUGUUGGAAUGACAUUCAUUGUUUUUAAUCUCCACAAAUGUAAAUGACAAAGCACCUCCUCUUGAUUUGUAGUGCUUUAUCCUCUCCUGUCUUAAUUUGAAAUAAAAAUUAAUUGAUCAUGGCCAGAUUAAACUUAUACAUGAAGGAUAAAUGAAAUAUAGUGUUCAGGCACUUCCACAACUCUCAUAACAGAUUGAUACGCCUUUGCUCUGAUAGUCAGGGUGUUUAAGGAUCCUGUAGGGUGGUGGGUGGUGCAGGCAUUUACUAAUGGCCACAGGUGGCAUUGCCCUAGCAAUUGAUUCCUUUUGCGGAGGAAUUUCCCAGCAUUCCUAACUGCUAGAAGUCAUUUCUGCCCCAGCUUAGAUUGAGGGAUGGUGGUUAGGCUAAUUUCUCAGGCAUCUCUUGGAUGGUAUUUCUGACAUUGCUGCAAGACACAAGUCCUUAUCCCCAACUUCAACCCUGCUUGUACAAGUUUUGAAAUCUCCUUAGCUUUUGCUAUUUUAAAAUAAUGUUGCAUUUUUAUUGGAGCCUUCAGGUGCUCUUCCUAUACAAUUCUCAUGUCAUAACCAGCAACGGGGGAUAGGAACUUCCUUUCUCCUCUACACAAGGUUAGCCCUUACCCUCUUCAUUUGUGCAAAUAAACUCCUGGCAACUGAAAGCAAUCUAGUGUGUCUUUGAGAAAGGACAUUCUGUCUAGAAAGGCCUUUAUGGCUACAACUUUAUGUGCCAGCUUUCACCAACCAGGUGUCUUCUAGCUGUUUUGGGCUACAACCCACAUCACCCCCAGUGCUGCCUGGGGCUGAUGGUAGUCCAAAAAAGCUAAAGGGCACCAGGUUGGCGAAGGCUGCUAUACUCAUUGUUAGAAGGGUUUUGACCCUAAAAUAUUUUUUAUAAUAAAUUUACCUAGGAGUGAGUCUUAUUAAACACAUUGGGACUUAACUUCUGAGUAGACAUGUAUAGAAUUGCACUGACAAAUCCUAACAGGCACACCUGUCUCACCAUUUCAACUCUUCUAGGGUGGUCAGGUGCAAAAUAGGACAGGGCUCCUGCAACUUUAUUGUGUAGUAGAGAGAAUUUCAGCAGGUAUAGAUUGUCAUGCAAGCCACAGUUUAUGACAGUUCCCUCCUCUGCGCAACUAUGAAAGGUUCAGGACCCUUAUCCUUGUUCUGCACCUGGCUACUCUAAUCUAGUUUUCAAGCCAUGGACUUCAAACAAAUGUUGUGUCUUACUUUUUAAAUUAAAAAAAAGUGCCAAGUUUUUCAUAUUAUCUCUAUAUUUCAAGAAUUUUAUAGAUAUUUUGAUAACUCCAAAGAGAGGCAAAUUGAAUAAGGUGGUGUUGCUUUUUCUCCCUGUCCAUCUGUACUUUGUGACGGUAUGACCUUAAAUCAAGAGUGGGUCAUGCCUGAUAUUCGACAGUUGUCUGAUGGAGAAAAAGAACCACUUGUCAUUUUGUUAUCUUCUUUUUUAAAUGGUUAGUUUUAAAAAUGUGUUUUUCAUUUUUGUUUUUUUGCUAAGCAUUUACUGUAUAGAGAUUGUUCAUGUUAAGACAUGAGCUUUCUCCAAAACUGUACGUUCUCUAUUACAUUGAGAAUGUUGCAGAUAUAAUCAGUUUUACUAUCAUAAAUUAUAUUAAAAGAACAUUGCUGGGUAGUCUUUUGUAUUGUUAUAGAAGAGGUUUUAAGGAUUACUUAAAAUACAGAAAAUAUGUGGUCAGUACUUAUUUUUGAACUGUUAUUUUUUUAACUAACCAGCUUAUAAUGCAUAUAUUUAUUGUCUUAUCCUGUGGCACUACUCGCUCCUGCCCGCCAAAAAAUCCCGAAUGUAUUCUGGUCACUUUGAAAUUGAACUGGUGUAUUUGAUUAUGAUGAUUAUUCAGUAUAGCGUAAAGAAAUCUGUGUCCCUAUAACAGACUUCUUUUUUAUUUGAGGAAAGACUACAUGUUUAAAUAUCCAAAUACAAUUUCACUGUCUAUCUGUAGAAACAUGCCAUCCAGUUCUGCUAGAAUUAGUUUAAUGUUUUAGCAAAACUACAUGAGUAUAUUCUUGUAUGGAAUGUCUUUAGUAUUGCUGCCUGUUGCAGCUUAGGUCACUGUUUUUCAGUAAUAAAAAA